GGAAUCUCAGCGUUGUGUUAACUUGCAUCUCUUGAAUGACCAAUGAUGCUGAACAUUUUUUCAAGUAUUUAUUUGUAAAGGCGAAUCUGACCCGGCAAGGCUGGGGUAGAUAGGGCCUUUGCCUUUCUAACAAGCUCCAGGUGAUGGAGAUGCCUCUGGUCUCUGGGUCAGAAGCAGCUAUGAUUUCAGAGUGAGGAGCUGGAAGACUCGCCGUGAAGGUGCAUUUGCCUGACAAGCAUCCCAGUUGGGGGGGGGUUGGGUUUUUUUGUUUUUUCCAGGCAGGCGCGGCGCCGCUGAGCUAAAUCCCGGCCCAGCACCGCGCUUUUGCUUAGGUUUCAGUUCGGGUGGUUUGGCAGACAGCCGAUUACAGCGGAGGCAGGCGGUCUCCUAAACUUACCUAUCUGUUGGCGCUGCCAGCUCCCUAGGCUUAGCAUUUAUAUUCUAGAAGGCAAAGUGGGUGGAGGAAGGCGUUAGGAAGGCUUCCAGGAGGGGCGCGUGUGAACUGCGUGCGGGAGCUUUUCCGGCCGCUGCACACGGGGCGCCCCGGACAAAUUACCGCUCCCUCGGACUGGGUUAAGGCUCCCCCACGCCGGGUAGGGUUUCCCAGGAUAUCCCACGGGCCUACUGUCCGCACAUCGUGGGCAGUCAAGUUUUCUGCUGAGCCGGGUGAGAGUUUAAAGGCUGCGGCCAGCGGGGCACUCCCAUAGUGCCGCGCGGCGGGCGGGUUUGGAUUUUAAAUCCCUGCGGCCAAUCAGUGGCGCGCAGGCAUUUGUAACGUUCCCAGCGCCGCGUUUGAAUUCGGGGAGGAGCGGAGCAGUGCAAAGCUCAGCACCGACCCUGCGUGGCCUGUGGAGCAACGCUGGGAACAUGAGUGCGGCGGCGGCAGCGGGGAAACUGGCGCGGGCACCGGCUGACCCGGGAAAGGCCGGAGUCCCUGGAGUUGCGGCUCCCGGAGCCCCAGCGGCUGCCCCGCCGGCGAAGGAGAUACCGGAGGUCCUAGUGGACCCACGCAGCCGGCGGCGCUAUGUGCGGGGCCGCUUUUUGGGCAAAGGCGGCUUUGCCAAGUGCUUCGAGAUCUCGGACGCAGACACUAAAGAAGUAUUCGCCGGCAAGAUUGUGCCUAAGUCUCUGCUGCUCAAGCCGCACCAGAAGGAGAAGAUGUCCAUGGAGAUCUCCAUUCACCGCAGUCUCGCCCACCAGCACGUCGUAGGCUUCCACGGUUUUUUCGAAGACAACGACUUCGUAUUCGUGGUCUUAGAGCUCUGCCGCCGGCGGUCACUCCUGGAGCUACACAAGAGGAGGAAAGCCCUGACGGAGCCUGAGGCCCGCUAUUACCUGCGGCAGAUCGUCCUGGGUUGCCAGUACCUGCACCGAAACCGGGUUAUCCACAGGGACCUCAAGCUGGGCAACCUCUUUCUGAACGAGGAUCUGGAGGUGAAAAUAGGGGAUUUUGGACUGGCAACCAAAGUGGAGUAUGACGGAGAACGGAAGAAGACCCUGUGUGGGACUCCUAAUUACAUAGCUCCCGAGGUGCUGAGCAAGAAAGGGCACAGUUUUGAGGUGGACGUGUGGUCCAUUGGCUGCAUCAUGUAUACCCUGCUAGUGGGCAAACCACCUUUUGAGACCUCCUGCCUAAAAGAGACCUACCUCCGCAUCAAGAAGAAUGAGUACAGUAUCCCCAAGCACAUCAACCCCGUGGCAGCCUCCCUUAUCCAGAAGAUGCUUCAGACGGACCCCACUGCCCGCCCAACCAUUCACGAGCUACUCCACGAUGAGUUCUUCACUUCUGGCUACAUCCCAGCUCGCCUCCCCAUCACCUGCCUCACCAUUCCCCCAAGGUUUUCCAUAGCCCCCAGCAGCCUGGACCCCAGCAGCCGCAAGCCUCUCACGGUCCUCAAUAAAGGCAUGGAGAACCCUCUGCCUGAGCGUCCCCGGGAAAAAGAAGAACCAGUGGUUCGGGAGACCAGUGAGGCUGUCGAGUGCCAGCUUAGUGACAUGCUGCAGCAGCUGCACAGUGUCAAUGCCUCCAAGCCUGCAGAGCGGGGCCUGGUGAGACAGGAGGAGGCUGAGGAUCCUGCCUGCAUUCCCAUCUUCUGGGUCAGCAAGUGGGUGGACUACUCGGACAAGUACGGCCUAGGGUAUCAGCUUUGUGACAACAGCGUGGGGGUGCUCUUCAACGACUCCACACGCCUCAUCCUCUACAACGACGGGGACAGCCUGCAGUACAUAGAGCGGGAUGGUGCCGAGUCCUACCUCGCCGUGAGUUCCCACCCCAACUCCUUGAUGAAGAAGAUCACCCUCCUCAAAUAUUUCCGCAACUACAUGAGCGAGCACUUGCUGAAGGCGGGCGCCAACAUCACACCCCGGGAAGGCGAUGAGCUGGCCCGGCUGCCCUACCUGCGCACCUGGUUCCGCACGCGCAGCGCCAUCGUCCUGCACCUCAGCAACGGCACUGUGCAGAUCAACUUCUUCCAGGCGGAGCAGCCAGGACCUUCAGUGCCCCCUUCCCUCCCAGGACCACACCAAGCUCAUCCUGUGCCCACUGAUGGCAGCCGUGACCUACAUCGAUGAGAAGCGGGACUUUCGCACGUACCGCCUGAGCCUCCUGGAGGAGUACGGCUGCUGCAGGGAGCUGGCCAGCCGGCUGCGCUACGCCCGCACCAUGGUGGACAAGCUGUUGAGCUCGCGCUCGGCCUGCAACCGUCUCAAGGCCUCUUCCUAGCCUCCUUCCCUCCCUGUGGACUGCUGCCCCUCUUCACCAGCACCAGGCCUGCACUGGUGGGCCCUGAGGCCUGCUGUUGCCGUGUGCUGCCCCCCGGCCCUGGGGCUGGGCAGGGAGCCGUGUCAGCUUGCGGUGGGGCUGCUAAGUUAUUUUUGUACAUGUUCGGGUGUGGGUUCUGCAGCCUCUGCCCCUUCCCUUCAGCCCACCGCAUGAAUUGUACAGAGCAUUUCUGUUGACUCCAGGACAGUCCUUUCCUUAGCUUUAUGCACAUUAAACAUAUGUGAAUCUUC